GGAUAUCAUAGUACGUAUGGGAAGUCAAAAAGCUCACGAACACUACAAGCAACUUGGUUCACCCAAGUGGAUAUGUGCGCCCAUGGUUGACCAGUCCGAGCUACCUUUUCGUUUAUUGUGUAGACGUUAUGGAGUAGAACUUUGUUACACUCCCAUGUUACAUAGCCGAAUUUUCCUUCAAGAAGAGAAAUAUAGAAAGACUCACUUUACCACUUGUGAAGAAGACAGACCGCUGGUUGUUCAAUUUUGUGCAAACGAUCCCGAUAUAUUUGUACGCGCUGCAGAACUUGUACAAUUUCAAUGUGAUGCGGUGGACUUGAAUUUAGGCUGUCCUCAACAUAUAGCUAAGAAAGGUUAUUAUGGGGCUUUUUUACAAGAUAAUUGGCAACUAAUCGAAAGGAUAGUUUCUACGGCAGCAAACAAACUGUCAGUCCCAGUAUGGUGCAAAAUUAGGAUUUUCGAUGAUGUGAAGCGAACCAUAGAAUAUGCACGAAUGAUUGAAAACGCCGGUUGUCAAGUGUUGGCUGUACACGGAAGAACGAGAGAACAGAAAGGAAAGGAACCUGGACCCGCCAAUUGGGAUACUAUUCGUGCUGUUCGAGAAGCGCUUUCCAUUCCAGUAUUAGCAAAUGGCAGUGUUUCUAGUUUACAGGGUGCCAAGCUGUGUUUGGAACAUACAGGUUGUUUAGGUGUUUUAUCAGCUACACAUUUGUUAGAUAAUCCAAAACUUUUUACAAAUGAUCCAUCGCCUGAUAAGAUUGUCUUGUCGCAAGAAUAUUUGGAAUUGACAAAGCAAUAUCCUGUGGAACUGACGAUGAUAAGAGGACAUCUCUUUCGACUAUGGAAGCAACUUAUGUCGAUAUCACAAAUGCAAAAGUUGGCCACUGCUUCUCAUGUACAAGAAAUGGAACAGGUGAUGUUAGUAAGUAAUGACAUGGAAAGAGGUAUUGUAUCCGAUUGAAGUACUCUUUAUUAUUUAGGAAU